CGGGACGACGAGAAGGAGUGACGCAGGAAGGAGGCGGCGGUGACGACCAAUAGGCGCGGAAGAAGACGUCGGGCUUCUGCGUGAGGAAGGAGGAGAGCGCCUCUGCGGCCUACUCCCCGCCUUGAAGCCUGCCUGGAACUCUCGCCAAGGAGGCCGGGUUACCUCUUCAGAGGCACCAUGGCUCGACGUAUGCGCAACAGCAGAGCCUGGCACUACGUCCUAAGUGGUGUACGCCGGGAAAGUGAUUCACGGACAGCAGCGUUGCCAUCCGGGUCUCAUGGUUGGUCAUAUGAUUCUGAUGGGCAGCACAGUGAUUCAGAUUCAGAGCCAGAGUUCCCCCCUCUGUUGCCUUCGAUACCCACAGCUAUUCCUGUGACUGGAGAGUCUUACUGCAACUGUGAGAACCAAAAUGAAGCUCCGUACUGCCCUAACCCGCAUGCCAUCCACCGGAUCAUGGAUUGUCAGUGUGGGGAGGAAGACGAAUAUUUUGACUGGGUGUGGGAUGAUCUGAACAAAUCAACCGCAACGCUGUUGACCUGUGACAGCCGCAAGGUGAAUUUCCACAUGGACUACAGCUGUGGCACUGCCGCCAUCCGAGGGAACAAGGAACUGGCAGAGGGGCAGCACUUUUGGGAAAUCAAGAUGACCUCACCAGUUUAUGGCACUGAUAUGAUGGUGGGAAUUGGGACAUCUGAUGUCAAUUUGGACAAGUACCGGCACACGUUUUGCAGCCUGCUGGGCAAAGAUGAAGACAGCUGGGGUCUCUCUUAUACAGGGCUCCUCCAUCACAAGGGAGACAGAACCAAUUUCUCAACAAGGUUUGGUCAAGGCUCCAUCAUCGGAGUGCACCUGGACACGUGGCAUGGGACUCUGACUUUCUUUAAAAACAGGAAAUGUAUAGGAGUGGCUGCCACUCAGUUACAAAACAAGAGAUACUUCCCCAUGGUGUGUUCGACCGCAGCCAAGAGCAGCAUGAAAGUCAUCCGCUCCUGUGCCACCCACACCUCCCUGCAGUACCUCUGUUGUUACCGCCUGCGCCAGCUACUUCCUGAUUACGUUGACACAUUACAGGUGUUGCCUCUUCCCCCAGGACUCAAGCACAUUCUGCACAACAAACUCGGCUGGGUGCUGAGCAUGAACUGUGGCUCGCUCCAGCCAUCCUCUUCUACCUCCUCAGGCAGUGAUUCAGAUAGCUCGUUCAGCUCAGAUGCUGAUGCUUGCCAACGGAAGAGAUGCAGGAGGACAUAAUGUUUCCAAGUAUGUACAGUGACUUGAAGAACAAUAGGGGUUCAAGCAGGCCUCCAUCUUAACCUGUAUGCAAUUUAUGUCUCUUCAUUGGAAUCUUUGGAACUUGCAAGCAUUUUUUCAGCCUUGGGCAAGAUCGACCUUCAGGACACAAGCAGUUCUCAUAGCUGAUUUCGUUUGUCAACUGCAUUUUGCCAACUUUCCCAGAAGCUGCUAAAAAGGACAGUGAAAUCUCCUCCCACAGUCCCAUUUGUGAGUGAAAAGUCACGAAGCCAUCCCAUGUGUUGAGUUGCUUUUUCACUUGCAAUUUGUGAUGCCUCUGGUUUUAAGGCAUGAGGACAACAGUAGUUAGACACGAGGGUUCUCACCUCUGUUUCUUUCCAGUACUUUUGCACAGACAGCUACUUGCUUAGAGUUGUAACUGAUCUUGUGUGAACCCUUCAGUUUCCUUUGGUGCUUUGCAUGUCUAACUUUUCCUGUAUUAAACUGUAUGAAAAUGUAAUUAAAGGACAAUAAUAAUAAUAAUAACAA